AUGAUUAUGGGUCCCGCCACCCUCUUGGGAUUCACUGCCCCGGCACUCAGCUACGCUGUCGCGAUAUCUUCGCAAUCCGAAAAGGCCCAAGCCGUCAAGAAGGCCUUCGAGCUGUCCUGGAAAGGCUACCACGAAAACGCCUUUCCUCACGAUACUCUGAAGCCUAUCGCCCGUUCAUACGAGAAUGACCGGAAUGGAUGGGGCGUCACGGCCAUCGACUCGCUCACCACGGCCAUCAUCAUGGGCGAAUCAGAUAUUGUGGACCAGAUACUAGACUUCGCCCCCCAGAUAGACUUCACCACGACCGUCAAGGUUAACGAGACCAUCUCUGUCUUUGAGAGCAACAUUCGCUACCUGGGGGGAUACGACCUCCUCAAGGGCCCUAUGAGUAGCAUGGCCCCCUCCGACUCCGCCAGAGUCGACGCCCUCCUAGAGCAAGCCAAGUCCCUCGCCGAAAGUCUGAGCGUGGCCUUUGACACCCCCAGUGGCGUCCACACCGGCGAGAUCAUUCUCAACCCGUUCCCCCAGAGGUCCGGUGACGGCACCAACUCGAUCGCCGGCAUGGGCACCUUGGUGCUUGAGUGGACGCGCCUCAGCGACCUCACGGGAAACCCAAAAUACGCCACACUAGCCCAGAGGGCCGAGGACCACCUCCUCAACCCCAAGGGCAAGCCCGAGGCGUUCCCUGGUCUGGUGGGAAGCUCCGUGAGCGUCGAGACGGGAGAGUUCCUCGACAGCUCGGGCGGGUGGUCCGGUGGCACCGACAGCUUCUACGAGUACCUCAUAAAGAUGUACCUCUAUAACCCGGACACCUUUGGCAGGUACAGGGACAGGUGGGUUGCCGCUGCCGACUCCACCAUGGAGCAUCUUGCAUCACACCCGUCUUCUAGGAAAGAUCUCACCUUUCUUGCCGCUUUCAACGGCUCCACCCUUCGCCCUCAAUCCGGUCACUUGGCAAGCUUCGCAGGCGGCAACUUCAUCCUAGGCGGUAUACUCCUCAAGGAGCAGAAGUACAUCGACUUUGGCAUCGAGCUCGCCAACUCCUACUACUCCGCCUACACCUCCACGGCCAGCGGCAUCGGUCCCGAGGGAUUCCAGUGGACCAUAGCCGGCGACGACAGCACAGGCGGCGCGCCGCCCGGCGACUGGCAAGGGUUCUACGAUAAAGCCGGCUUCUGGGUCACCUCGUCUUACUACAUCCUCCGCCCGGAGACCGUGGAGAGCCUGUACUACGCCUACCGCGUCACGGGUGACUCAAAGUACCAGGAUUUCGCGUGGGACGCAUUUCAGAGGAUCCAGACCCUGUGUCGGUCCGGAGUCGGCUACGCGGGCCUCGCCGACGUGACCGUUCAGUCGGGCAGCAGCCAGUACGAUCUGCAGGAGAGCUUCUGGGCUGCCGAGACGCUCAAGUACCUCUACCUCAUCUUUGCUCCCGAGUCGCCCCUCCAGGUCAGCGCCACGGGGCCCAACGAGUACGUGUAUAACACAGAGGCCCACCCUUUCAAGGUGCGGUCUCGAUAG